AUGGCAUCAUUUAGAUUCUGUGCAGAAUGCAAUAAUAUGUUAUACCCCAAAGAAGACAAAGAAGGUCAAAGAUUAUUAUAUGCCUGUCGUAAUUGUGGAUAUACCGAAUUAGCAGAAAAUCCAAAAGUAUAUCGUCAUGAAUUAAUUACCAAUAUUGGUGCAACUGCUGGGGUUGUGGAAGAUAUUGGGAAUGAUCCAACUUUACCUAGAUCUGAUAAAGAAUGCAAUAAAUGUGGAAAUCGAGAAUGUGUGUUUUUCCAAUCACAACAAAAGAGAAAAGAUACGAGUAUGAUUUUGUUUUAUGUUUGUUUGAAUUGUAAAACAGUAUUUCAGGCAUAA